AAGCCUUUCCUCCACCAAUCUCUACACCUACAACCAGAAAAAUACAACACACUAAUUCCAAUGGCAAUCCCUGAAUCCUCACCCGUAAGCCGGAUCCCCCCGCGCAUCCAUUCAUAUUAGCACGGUUAAUGAAGACCCUUAUCUAGGCAACUCACAAAAUAUACCGCGAGGCCCUUGCGGAUUGGCUAGACAUCCGGUUCAGCCUCGAAACCUCCGCCAUCAAAUUCCAAAAGAUAAACGAUGAACACUAUGCGACCUUGGAAAAAAUCAAGCAGGAUAAGCGCAUUGACGAGAAUACUCGCAAGAGGCUUCUCGCAGAAGUUCGAAGCGAGAUCAGGGGAAUUGAUAACAAGCUGCUAUACCACAGAGAGCAGCUCGAAAGGAUGAAUAAUGGCCUGCAAGGUACUGGCGUUUGUGUUGUGCCAAUCCAUAGGGUACUCGAUCGGCUCGAUUGAUUCCUGGCAUCUGGGUGGGGGGGUAUUUGGGUGGACGACAAGAAAGGGAUUGAUUUUACAGAGUUGGCUAACUCCAGAGGUGGGAUGGGAAGGACAUUCUUGAGGUGAGCGAAUACUCUGUAAGUGAAAACAAAAGGAACAUCUCGUCACGAUAAUAUACUAACAACUCCCAUGGAAUAUUAGGAGGUGGGAUGGGAUGGAUAUUCUAGUGGGCGUGGUGGUGGAUGCUUUAUGAACGCAACUUUUCCACUAUUAAGUGGACUAAAAAAAACCCCGACUUUACCAGGAGAGGUAACUCCAACGUCUUAGCGCAUUGUCCACUUACCAUCCCAGCUCCUACAGUAUUCAAACUGAAGGGAAGGCAUUCCAGCUCAAUACCUGUCUGAUAUUCUUUAUAUAAAACAAUCCACAGAAAUUUACCAACAUUGAGUGAAUAACCCGAUUUAACACCAGAUACGAUAUGGCUGGCGAAUGUUUCCUCCCAAAUAUCACCUCCCAACUUAGAUCCCCCAAAUCCCACCUGCAGACAUCACACCCGGAAAACCAGCUUCCUCAAAGCCACUAGAACACACUUACACUCACACCCCUAGAUCAAAUCCUAACUCCCUAAUCCCUAUCCCUUUCCCUAAGGGGGCCACAAGUGGGAAAUAGGACAGGCGGGCUGGCUUCCGCAACCUCCAGUAUAUGCUGACCAGCAC